AUGCUGGCGUCCAAAUAUUUUUUCCUGAUCGCAGCGUUUCUCUGCUACUUAAGUAGAGCGCUGGCCGUAACCUGCGCAGAUGAUUCCACAGAUGCCAAUUGCAUCGAUUGCACCACCGACCCCACCAAUGAGGAGUGCACCGAACCUACAACAACAACAACAACCACGGUGGCUCCACCAUCAACUUCCACUACAACAGCACGCACACCACAUCUGAAGGAGGUCUCCAUUAAGAACAUGAAGCUCAAAGUCUUAAGGAAAAUUAAGCGGGUCUUCGGGCUAAAAAGCAUAUUAAAAAUCAAAUAA